AUGGAUGUUAAAGGGGCGCCCCUUCCCCGGCCUCGUUCGUGUGGCCAAGAAGUCCUGGAGCCCAGCACUGACCUGGACGUGACCAGCACACUCCUGCCCAUGGACGACCAAGGGGCUCAGGGCCUAGGCCACAACCCCCAGAUGCAGUGGUGUAGACGCCCCUACCCCGGCCCCAUCAGGUCCCCCGAGGCCCGUCUCCUGGGUGACGUGGGAGCUCAGCCCAUUAGACGGGUGGCGCUUCGGACCCGCCCGCUCAGCGACGCAGACCGCGAGGAAGGGGCCUCCGUCAUCGCCCACAAGGCGGGGACCGGGUGGGGCUGUACGGUGGUGCUCAUGGACCCCGGUGAGGACCCUGAGGACACACUGCACACACACCGGUCCCGGGAGAAGACCUUCAUCUUCGACAUCGUGUUCGACCAGCACACCUCCCAGGAAGACGUGUACCUUGCCACCCCAGCACUAGUGGAAGGCGUCAUUUCUGGAUACAACGCGGCGGUGUUUGCCCACGGCCCCUCAGGUGCUAGCAAGACCCACACGAUGCCCAUGGAUGCGGGGCCCGGCAGCUACCUGCAGAUGCUCACUGACCUCUUCCAGGCCGUCGAGGAGACCCAUGAGAGCACGGACUGCAGCACGUCCAUGUCGUACCUUGAGAUUUAUAACGAAGUGAUCUGGGACCUCCUGAACCCGUCCUCAGGGUUUCUGGACCUGCGGAAAGAUUCUAGGGGCAGCAUCCAGAUUGCAGGCAUCACGGAGGUCUCCACCACAAACACCCAGGAGACCAUGCAGCUCCUCACCUAAGGCAACUGGCAGCGCACACAGGAGUCCACCGCCACCAGCAAGAUGUCGUCCCGCUCCCACGCCGUGCUGCAGGUCACUGUGCACCGGCGCAGCCACGGCACAGACAUGGCAGAGGAAGUGCACAUUGGGAGGCUCUCCAUGGUGGACCUGGCGGGCUUGGAGCUGGCGUCUCAGACCCAGGACCGAGGCAAGAGGAUGAAGGAGGGCGUCCUCAUCAACCGCUCCCUGCUGGUACUGGGCACCUGCGUCAACGCACCCGGCGAGAAGGGCGGCAGCCAGGCGCAGCACGUGAACUCCCGGGACAGCAAACUCAGGCGCACCUGCUGAAGGCAUGAGCCCCUGAAGGAUGCCCUGGGAGGGAACAGCCGGACGGUGAUGACUGCCCACAUCAGCCCAGCCAGCACGCACUUCAGGGAGGCGCGGACCACCCUGCUAUACACGUACCGAGCCAAGAACAUCAAGAGGACGGUCAAGCGCAACCUGCUGAACGUGUCCUACCACAUCGCGCAGUACGCGGACGUCAUCUCCGACCUGGGCAGGCAGAUGAAGCACCCCGAGGCCAAGGUGGAGAAGCAGGGGAAGGAGAAGAGAAGCAUCCCAGCGGCCGGGAUGCUCAAGGUGGGGCCGUACACGCACGCAAUGCCUCCUGCUGCUGGGCCAUCCGGGACACCAGAGGCCCACUGCGUCCUCCUGCCCUUCCUGGAGCGGUGUCUGCACUGA